AUAAGUUCAAGUAAUAAUAUUUAGGGCAAUGGCAAAAGAAAUUCAAGCAGUCGUAUAUGGUGGGAGCUGGUGGAUGUCACCAAGAACCGCCUUCAACCGCUUAUCGUGUUCAUCGGUUAUAACAGACAUGGAGAACUUCGGCCCCUGCUGGCCAAGGGAUUUGAUGGACAUAAAAUCAAAGUCAAGUGAUGAAUCUUUGGACGGCUCUAUGGUCUUCCAAGAUAUUCGAAGGCGGCCAGGUGGCGGCGCAACCACUAUGUCGCCGGAUUCCUCCUUUCAGAUGAUGGCUACUGCUUUUCCUGAUUCGCCGAUGACUACGAACCCUGAUUGGAAUCAGGAUUUGCUAUUCAGUAGGGUACAAGAAGGGUUGAACACCUUUUCAACCAGCGGUGAUGGCGGUUCAAAGGCGGUGACAACGGCUGAGCAUCAACGGUUCACCAUGGAUCAACCACAAUCAUUAAAUUUUAUCACCAGUUCGGGUGAUCCCGCCACCUUCCCCGUUAGUUCCACUUCAUAUGAUUACCCUUCAAGUUUGCUAGAAACUUUGUACGACAGUAGCCCACCACCGCCAUCACAACACCCACUUUAUAGCUUUGAAUCGAAUUCAAACGAUUUCCAUUUCGUUCAAAGCUUGCCUUCCAUGUGCCCAAAACAACAGGUCUCUGGUCAUUUGCACUUAACUAAUAGUAUCCCUUUUUGGAAUGCUUCAACAUCAACUUUAGAAUCGCCUUCUCAAUUCCUCCCAUCAUCAUACAAAGAGAAACAAAGGUCCUCUAACCUCACUAUACAGCCUCAUCAUCAAGAAAUCCGGGACUCGGGUUCAACAGAGAAGAAAAGCUCUGGUGAACUUCCAUUCAAGCGACCAUGGCUUGAAACACCAUCGCCAUUGCCAACCUUUAAGGUUCGAAAAGAGAAACUAGGAGAUCGAAUCACUGCGCUUCAGCAAUUAGUUUCGCCAUUUGGAAAGACUGAUACUGCAUCUGUGCUCCAUGAAGCUAUAGAAUACAUCAAGCUUCUGCAUGAUCAAGUGAAUAUUCUAAGUGCACCUUACAUGAAGAAUGGACUUACAAAGCAACUUCAACAGAUUCAUGACCACAAAGUGAAAGAUACGGAAGGACCCAAACAAGAUUUAAGGAGUCUGGGACUUUGUCUCGUGCCUGUAUCAAGUAUGUUUCCUGUUGCAAUUGAGACGACGAGUGGUUUUUGGACACCAAAUUUUGAAGGCUCGUUCAUAUAGAAACGACAAGGAAAGAAACCCAACUCAUACGAGGUGGAAUUUUUAAGCUUUUUCAAUAUUUUGAGUUAAAAAUGGGUUAUUCAAAAUAAUAAAAUGGAAAUAAUUGCAAUAAUAAGUUAAAAUGGGAGGAUAGAGGAGCUAAAAGAGAUGACACCUUUUUCUUUUAACAACGCUACAACAGUUUUGAAGUUCAAAUACAACAAUGUUAAUUGCUGUAAAUACUUGUAUUUUAUGUAUUUAAU